AUGCCGUUCUACCGGCGCACGGUGCUGCCCCGCAGUCUCUGCCCCAGCCGCGCCGCGCUGCAACUAGACGAGCUGCGGGACGUCUGCAGCCUGGCCUCGCUCACCCUGCUCCGGCAGCUCGCCGACCUGUGCGGCCACUCGCUAGCGCUACUAGGCGAGAUCGAGGGGCACCUGCUGGCGCUGGGGCGCCGAGCCGGCCGGCUGCGCCACCGCAUGAACCGCCUGCAGGGGCUGCUGCACGGGCGCCCUCACCCCCGAGCGCCAGCCACCUCUAACCUGGACCUGGAGAGCAAGAAAACGCCCCACUCCAAAUUGCCAUGGCAACAACCCGUGAACGUGUUCCUGGCCGCGGGCAGGUCGCCCUGCGUGGAGGAGCUGCACCAGGAGGCCCAGUUCAAUCUCCAGAGCUUGCUGCAAGAGGAGUAUGAGGAGCAGUACACAGAGGCUAGGGUCACUGGUCAGACCUUCCGCUACGCCAGCCACCUGCCCCUGGACACGCCCCCUGAGCCCUCUCCCAGGCCCCUGCCCGCCAAGCGCCUGGAGUUCGUGUUUAUGCCCGCAGCCCGGCGAGUGAAUGAGGACGAGGCCACCACACUGGGUGUGAGGCCCCCAGAGCCGUUCCUGAGCCUGCCCACCACCCCAGACAAGCAGCCGGCCUGGACCAGAGCCUUCCCUUUGCCCACCGUGGAGGAGAAGAGGUGGCACCAAUCCUGCUCCAUCCAAGCCAACAUUGUCCCCAUCAAUGUCUCUGGACAGCACUUUGAUAGGCACGCGAGUGCGCGGCACUCCUUGUUUAACACAGAGACCGCGGUGAACCCCAAGUCCACGCUGCGGCGGAGACGGACCAUUAUCGGAUUCCCUAACCUCGCGCUGCGAGACCAAGGCAGCAGCAACGGCCCCACAUUCACGCCUCACGCAACCAUCGGGGAGUCAGUCUCCUGCAGCUUUGUCCCUGAGGCUGCAAAUGGGAAGAGCGUGCCCCGGCAGCCCUGCACCCCGCAGCCCCCAGCAGCACCACUGAGAAAGACAUUCAGUGACCUUGGGGGAGGCCUGCAGGUGCGCUGCUACCAGCCUCCUGCCAGGAUGGAGAGCACAACCACGGCUUGCACCAGCCCUGCCUGCAACGGGCCAAAGGACACCACCUUCUCUCCUCCCUGGAACACAGCUUCCUUCAACUGCUUGAGCCCAGCUGAGGAGGACGCAGCGUAUCCCUCGCCCGGUGGCUCCCCGAGGUCCCCAGCCCUGGGCUCGCCUGAGCGCUGCAACGGUGCGGCCUCCUUCUUCAUCGCGAAAGACGAGCAGCCAGGAAGCAAUGGGCCCCAUGCGUUCUCCUGCACUGCUCCAGAGUCCCCACUGAACGCUGCCAGCAGCCAGAUGCCUGAGGGGAGAGAGGCCAAGGUGACCUUCCUGGCCAGCAGCGCAGAGGAGGCCGUACCCUCCCGGCUGGAGCUGGGGGGCAGGACCUGCCCGUUCCGCGAGAGGUCGCUGUCUGUGCCCACAGACUCAGGCUCGCUCUGCUCCGUGGACAUCACUUACCCUGAGAACAGAAGAGGCAGCGGGACCUACGCCCUGAGCUACCCUAGCGUCAGCUCCGAGGGCAGCACCAGCAUGGACAAUGUCUCCCUGGGGGUGGAGCAGGAUGCCCAGCGGAGGCGCCGCUCCAAGAGCAUCUCUCUCAAGAAGGCGAAGAAGAAACCGUCUCCCCCCAUGCGCAGCGUCUCACUGAUUAAAGACGGGCAGGGGCUCAGCGCAGAGCCUGGCACAGCGCUGCCGAAGGAGCUGCGGCCCAAGAGCCUUUGUCUCCCCUUAGAUCCUCAGGGCCAUGGCAUGGUGCCCACGGACACCCAGGGUAACACAGCAGUGCCUCCUGCCAGGGACCUGGACGGCAGGCAUUUUUCCCAGCACUGGUGCCUCACAGACUGGAAAGCUAGCGAUCCCUACCGGUCCCUGUCCGAUUCCAGUACUGCCACGGGUACCACAGUGAUCGAACGCACGAAGGCCCGGGGCAGCUCCGAGUCCCUCCCCUCCCCUUCCAUUUCCAGGGCCACCACGCCCUCCCAGCUCUCCACGGAAGUGGAGCUAAAGAUCUCCUCUCCAGGGCGGCCCGCGAGGCUGAUGUCCCCCUCCAGUGGCUACUCCAGCCAGUCAGAGACCCUGACACCCACCAUCCCCACCUCAGCGAUUCUCGGGCACUCCCCCCACCAGACCAUCAGGGUGAGGCCGCUGGUGCCCGAAAGGAAGUCGUCCCUGCCCCCCCCAUCGCCCAUGGAAAAAAGCCCCAAGUCCCGGCUCUCCUUCGACCUGCCCGUCACACCCCUGACGCACCUGGACCUUUCUGGGCUGAAGAUCUCACUCAAGGGGAAGACCAAGGUGAGCAGGCAUCAUUCAGACUCCACCUUCGGGACCAAGCUUGGCCCAAAGACGAGCCCGAUCCAGCCCGUCAUGCCCGUGGUCACCCAGUCGGACCUGAGGUCCGUGCGCCUGCGCUCUGUCAGCAGGUCCGAGCCGGAGGAUGACCUGGACAGCCCAGACCGCGCCGAGGAGCAUGGGGGCGACGCCAUACCACUUCCGGGAAGGAAAGCGAAGCCGCCCGUUGCAGAGAAGCCACCACUGGCCAAACGUCCCCCAAACAUCAUGGCCAAGCCCCCGCCUCUGCAGGAGGAGUCUCCCCUGGCGUCUCCCACCUCCCCACCCACGCCACAGGGCAUCUCUGCCCAGGAGAGGGGGCUGCAGGACAUCUACAUGGUCAUUCGGAAACCCAAGCCUAAGAGGAGCCCAGAGGCCAGGAGCCCCGGAGAGCCCCCCUCUCCGCUGGAGCCCUCCCAGGGCUGCCCAGGGAUCUUUUUCUCAGGACUGCGGCGACUGUCCCAGAGCAGCUUGGAGGAGGAGCCCAGAGCCCAGCCGGAGAGGAGUGGCACCCCCCGUGGGCCCGAGGGGGAGAAGAGGAAAGCCAAAGUCCCACCCCCCGUCCCCAAGAAGCCCAGUGUGCUGUACCUGCCACUCACCCCUCCUCCACCCCACCUGGGAGCCUGCCCGGGGGAUCCCAGGCUAACGCCCAGCCCCAUCAUCACCUUGCACGAGGACACCAGCUGCUGCGACCCAGACGCAGACUACCUGCCAUCACCCGAGGCCAUGGGGAAGAACUCGAGCCCCCCAGCUGCUGCCACGCCCGGGGAGAUUCCCGCAGGCGAUUCCGUGGAGCUCAGAGCUGAUGAGAGGAAUUUAGUAAGUGACAAAACAGCCAAGUCGAUAGUGGAAGAGGAUGAUGAUGUAUUUGUGACGACCCGUACGACAGAGGAUCUAUUUACCGUCAUCCACAGGUCGAAGAGGAAGCUGCUGGGCUGGAAGGAGCCAGGAGACGCCUUUGGCAGCAGGCAGAAUUCUCACUCCCCAGUGAAGAACCCAGCCGGGCUCCCGGCCUGCGAGUCCCCCCCAGCAGGGGGUGGCCCCGGCAGAGCCUCCAGUCGGAAUGAAGACUUCAAGGCCCUGCUACAGAAGAAAGGCAGCAAGGCCAGUCCCGGGACUCGCACCUCCGCAGCAGAGCUUCUCAAGAGCACAAAUCCACUGGCUCGGCGGGUCAUGAUGGAGUUUGCCCCCGAGUUAGACAACCCAAGCGGUGCCAGAACCCAGCCCUGA